AUGAAAACAAACGGUGGCCUCUGCAGCAUCCGGGUACUCGGCAGGUCGCGGCUGGCUCGGUGGUGGCGCAGGAUGGCGCAGAAGAAAUAUCUUCAAGCAAAACUGACCCAGUUUCUAAGAGAAGACAAAAUUCAACUUUGGAAACCUCCAUAUACUGAAGAAAAUAAAGAAGUUGGUUUGGCCUUAAAGGACCUUGCUAAGAAGUAUUCUGAGCGGCUGGAGUGCUGUGAAAAUGAAGUGGAAAACAUAAUAGAGGAAAUCCGAUGCAAAGCAAUUGAGCGCGGCACCGGGAAUGAACACUACCGAACAACUGGGAUCGCCACGAUUGAGCUGUUCCUGCCUCCAAGGCUCCGGAAGGAUAAGAAAAGCUUGUUGGAGACCCGCUUGCAUGUCACUGGUAGAGACCUGAGGCAUAAAAUAGCUGAAACUUUCGGAUUUCAAGAAAAUUACAUCAAGAUCGUAAUAAAUAAGAAACAGCUUCAACUAGGGAAAAGCCUUGAAGAACAAGGAGUCACUCACAAUGUGAAGGCCAUGGUGCUGGAGCUGAAACAGUCUGAAGAGGACGUGAGGAAAAACCUUCAGCUAGAGGAAGAGGAACAGAACGAGGCUGAGCUGAAGGAGAAACGCAUUCAGAGGACCAAAAGGGGACUGGAGAUCCUGGCAGAGAGAGCUGAGAUGGUGGUGGAUCCGGAAACGACGCCUUACUUAGACAUUGCGAACCAGACAGGCAGGUCAAUCAGAAUUCCCCCUUCGGAAAGAAAAGCCCUUAUGUUGGCUAUGGGAUACCAUGAGAAGGGCAGAGCUUUCCUGAAAAGAAAAGAGUAUGGAAUAGCCUUGCCUUGCCUCCUGGAUGCCGACAGAUACUUCUGUGAGUGCAAAGAGCUGCUGGAUACUGUGGACAACUAUGCAGUCCUCCAGCUGGACAUCGUGUGGUGCUACUUCCGUCUGGAACAACUCGAAUGCCUUGAUGAUGCAGAGAAAAAGCUGAACUUGGCCCAGAAGUGCUUUAAAAACUGUUAUGGAGAGAAUCACCAGAGACUGGUCCACAUAAAAGGAAAUUGUGGGAAAGAGAAGGUGUUGUUUUUAAGACUCUACUUGCUUCAGGGAAUCCGUCACUAUCACAGUGGGAAUGGAGAGGAGGCUCGGGAAUAUCUCAACAAGGCACGUCAGCUCUUUAAAGAGCUCUACAUUGAUCCAUCAAAAGUUCACAACUUGUUACAGUUGGGGUUCACAGCCCAGGAAGCACGGCUGGGCCUGCGGGCCUGUGAUGGGAACGUGGACCAUGCAGCCACCCACAUUUCUAACCGCAGAGAGGAACUGGCCCAAAUACGAAAGGAAGAGAAGGAGAAGAGGAGACGCCGUCUGGAAAAUGUCAACACUUUGAGAGGAAUGGGCUACUCCACACAAGCUGCCAAACAAGCCCUUCACCAGGCCAGGGGCAACCUGGACGAUGCCCUGAAGGUUCUCCUCAGUAACCCCCACAUGUGGUGGUUACAGGAUUCAGACCCUGAAAACAACAGCCGUCAAGCAAGUCCUUCUCAGGAAAGCAUCGACCAGCUGGUGUACAUGGGCUUUGACACAGUGGUGGCUGAAGCUGCACUAAGGGUGUUUGGAGGCAAUGUCCAGCUGGCAGCUCAGACACUUGCACACCAUGGAGGAAGCCUCCCUCCUGACCUGCAGUUCUCAGAAGACUCCUCCCCCACACCAUCCACAUCCCCGUCUGACUCUGCAGGGACCUCUAGUGCGUCGACAGAUGAAGACAUGGAGACAGAGGCUGUCAACGAAAUCCUGGAGGACAUCCCAGAGCAUGAGGAGGACUACCUCGACUCCACGCUGGAGGAUGAAGAAGUCAUUAUUGCUGAAUACUUGUCCUACGUAGAAAGUAUAAGUUCUGCCGCAAAGAACAACUGAUCAGAAAUAAGUGCUACGUUUCCGCUAUAAAUUCUGUCGUUGUGAAUGGUUGAAUGCUUCUUUGCGUUCCUCUUGCUUUUCAACGAUUUUGCUCUAAGUAGGCCUUCCUCCUCAGGUACAGGGCCCAGCGUAGUGAAGAGACUUUGAGACUUCGUCGGUCAGAGGACAGUCUAGGAAAGGGAAUUCCCCAGCCCAGCUCUGCUGUUCCCCUUCCUCCUCUAGGUCUGCAUCCCUUACUGCCACUCUGUUGGUUUUCCAUCCAGAACAGGGAAGCAGGUCCCCUGGAGGUCCCUGGGGAAGGUCUGCAAAGGGUCUGGGACCCUGUCUCCUGAGCUAGCCCUCCUGUGCACUCCCCCUCCCCUUCCUGCUGCUGAAACUGCCCUCCUUAGCCACCACCCCUGCUGUGCAAGCUUACCUCAGCCCUGGCUGCCCUGCCCUACCCCUUGAAUCUUCAUUCCAAGUGCUGUAGAUUGCAGCAGUGAGGUACAGGCCGCGGCAGAUGGUGCAGAUACCUUGAUCUAGAAAUGUCAGUGUUUUGUGCUCUCAGAUCAGUAAAAUCUGUACUUAAAAUUCAAGGUUGCAAAAUCAGUUUCUAUGGAUUCUAAAUUCCUCAUACAAAAUGAAAAUCUUUUAUUAAAUGGAAAAGUUUUAAAUGCUAACCACAGUAAGUUAUUUUUAAUUAACAUCUCUAGACUGAAAGCUUCCUGACAGCCAAGAGACCUGAGAUUGCCAUCUGCUUUCUCAAGUCUCUCCCUGGGUUUCCUAUGGCUGGGUCACAGCAGACCCUUGCUGAAGAAGGGGCUGUCAGCCUUUGGUUGCUUAGUCCUGAGUGUGGACCAGGCAGAUAGCCUUCUAGCACCCAGUACGGUAGCAGCCAGAUGUGGCGUGGGCCAAAUGCCACUGUGUUUCUGAGAACCUCUCACCUGAAGCCUUGGCAGCAGACUAAGCUGGACACGUAUGAUCGUCUCUAGCUAUUUAUUUGUAAAUGACACAUUUACUUGUGUGGGGACGGGCAAACAUACCAUAGCACAAGUCUGGAGGUUCACAAGACAAUGUGUGGAAAUUGGUUCUCUCUUUGCACCACACAGGUACCAGGGACUGAACUCAAGUUGUCAGGUUUGGUGGCAAGCCCCGCUCCCUGAUGUUCUUAUUGGCCCCCUUGCUGUUCUUUGGAAGUGAACGAUGCUGAUGGAAAUAAACGUGGGGAAUGCACUUGAAUGUC